GACUUUUGGGUGAUGGGGAGGGAGGUGGGUGUAGAAUAUGGCAGGGUGUAUGAUGUGCCACUUGAGGGAUUCGAGGAGGCGAAGAGGAGGAGGGAGGCGGACAAGGAGCGGGAGAGGGAGUUUGAGCAUGAGCAUGAGGGUAGCGGAAUUGGGAAUGGGAGGGGUAAGGGUCUGUUUGGUAAGUUGGGUCUGAGGAUGAACAUGGGUUCGGGAAGGAGAGGUUACGAGCCUCUAAACACGAGUCAAGUAUAG